AUGGCCAAGUGCACGCUGCCUCUGCUGCUGGUGGUGUGGGUGCUGGCUGGGGAGCUCUGGCUGGGGGCCCCGGUCCGGGCGGCACCCUAUGGAGUGAAGCUUUGCGGCCGUGAAUUCAUCCGAGCAGUCAUCUUCACCUGCGGGGGCUCCCGCUGGAGACGAUCGGACAUCCUGGCCCGCGACGCUAUGGGGGGUGCCUUCCCAGGUGCAGAUGCUGACAGCCUGGCAGGUGAACUGGAUGAGGCUGUGGGCUCUAGCGAGUGGCUGGCCCUGACCAAGUCCCCCCAGGCCUUUUACGGGGGCCGACCCAGCUGGCAGGAAACUCCGGGGGCUCUUCGGGGGAGCCGAGAUGUCCUGGCUGGCCUUUCAAGCAACUGCUGCAAGUGGGGGUGCAGCAAAAGUGAAAUCAGCAGCCUCUGCUAGUUCCUGGGCUGGGCAGCUGG